CCUCCAGCACCUAGCACAACUAAUUUGUAGUCUGCAGUUAGAGGGAAAGAAGGGAGAAAAGAAUUUUUCCUGUUAGUAUCCUGUUCCAGAAGAUAAUUCGGGGUCAGAAAAGUAUAUCCCACUUUGGCUAGCCCCCUCCCAUUGCCAUGUCCACCAAGGACUCAUCCACAUACCUCUCAUUUUUCUUGUACGAUGCAAUACACCCAGAACUGCCUAAACAAACCCCAGCCCACACUACGAUCCAUUUGUGCCAACGGGAUCUGGCCAAGUAGUCCACUAACUUCCAGGCGGAUCACCGUCCGCAGCCAGCCUGUCCAGGCUCGCUUGGCCCUCCUAGUCUUUUCGCAGACGAGAAUUGUGUCCUCGGUACCUGGCAAAGGCGCAUUCUAUUGUUGCGCGGCAAAGAGUGUAGACGUCAAGGACGGGUUAAUAUAGUAUAAAGAGUAUAGAUGGGUAGGGAGAAGAGAGGCCGAUAAGCGGGGAGAACCAAACUACUGGGUCUUCUUCUCCUCGUCGGAGGUGGUGACGUUGCUGUCGUCGUCGUAGGCCCGGUCGGCGA